CCAGGUUGUGCAGACAUUUUACAGCAAUAGAAUGAAAGCAUGAGCUGGCCCCUAAGGAGAAACCUCUGUCCAAGUUUGUGCAAAACAAGUCCUAAUGCUGCUGAUGGAAUUUCAGGAAUUUCCUUUUUCCUUUGAAACGGGCUCCAAAAAUCAGCAUAGGAGGAAAAAUAUAUCCAACUGUUUAGCCUGUAAAACUGCAGAUAGACCAGAAUUUAUUGUUUGGUGUUUGAAAUCCACCCUGGGAAGUCACCAGCAGUGACUUUAGAGUAAGUGGUGAUCUGAGUACUGCUGAUACAGAGAAUGUACAUGAAAUCAAAUGGCUGUUUCUUAGCAUCAAUGGAGCCUGUGUGGAUUAACCUGCCUCAUGACUGGGGCAAAGGAAAAGAAUUUAGCAGCAGAAUCUCUGCCUUAGAGAACCACUUAGUUAAUUUUCUUAUGACAAAGCUGACAAUUAGGGCUACAUUUUUUUUAAAGGCCUCUAAUUUUGAACCUGCAACCACAGGCACAUAGUGUGGCAAGGGAGACACUACACAUCUGUGCUGAGUAUCCCUUGCUUUGAAUUUGAUUCUGAAUAUUAUGUCUCUUCCCAAAAGAGUUGCUAUUUCUUAGUUAAGGAGACAUGCACAAACCUAUUACAGAUACCAGUGUCCUCAGGGGCAGGUAUUGCCACAACAUCAGCAAGUCAUACAGUAGAACCUAACCAUUAACAACCAGCAAGAAAUUUGAAAAUUCUUUUAAAAAACAAACAAACCUGCAAAAAUAUUCAAAUCAAUGUGCUCCCCCCUCCACCGUUUCAGUAUAAGUGUUUGAUCAGUUCUCUGUUGAAACAAUGUAACUGUUUGCUUUCAAACCCAGUCUGGAACAGAUUAGUUAAAAAUAUCUAUUUAGGAGGACUGAUGAGUUAUGUGGGUGCGUGCUGCAUACUGGGCAGUAGGCAGGAAUUUGGGGAUCUGACAGGCCUUGGCUUGUUAGCAUAGCAAUGACAGAGGAAGUGAUCAUAUAUAGGGUAAGAGGCAUUAUACCCACACAACUAACCUAUCAAUCCUUGUUAGCUGAUGCACAGAUUGGAAAUGGUGCAUAUUCAUAAGAAUGUUACUGUUUGCUCCAAGUGCAAAAGCGAAGAAGAGAUUUCUCUCUUGCAGUUAAUCCAGCACACCAUACCCAAGUGCUCUUUAUCUCAGCAUUAUCGUCCACAGAUUAUAAACUGAAGUUAAUAUUGUGCAAAACUAGAGCUUAGGAAGUGGGUAAAACUCUGUUGUUAUAAGAAAUAAAAUUGAGUUGAUUAUCUAUAAAAAAACAAAACAAAAAACCAUUUUUUGUGCUGUUUAAAAACCUGUUCAUACCCAGAUAUCACACUGAGUUGGGUGCUUUAUUAAUACCUAGAGAAACUAAACAAGCUAAUUCUUUAACGGGUCUGUUCUUGAACAUGCAAGGGACUCUAUUCAAGCUAAUGGGAAUUUUGCGUGUGGAAGGCUUGCAGAACUGGGCCCCGAGCUUUGUAAUUCCUGGUAUGUAGAAUACCAAAACAAUUCUGGAGCUGUGGUUUUGGUGCUGGUGGUUGUGGCAGAUUUACCAUGUCAUCUUUUUUUAUAAUUUAAUUAAAAAUAACAACGAUGGGCCAGACCCUCAGAGGUGUCGAACUCUUCCCAUACAAGCCAGUGGAAUGGUAAGGGGAGUUCUGUUAGCAGACCUUCCAUAGAAACCCAACUGUCCUUGAGUUGGUGGGAAUUAGUGAGUCUGGCUGGCAGUGGGGGCCACGGGCAGGAGUGCUGGAACAAAUUUUAUAGCGGGGAAGCUGAGAGCCUUUGAACUAAACUGUAAACCCUGUAUAUCAUGGAAACUACUUCAAGCCAGGAGGUAUGGCAGCACCCCUAGUUCGAGUACCUAUGGCGAAGGGGCCUCUGUGUGGUUGCCCCUUGAAUUCUGAGGUCUAUGGGAUGGGAGCUCCUCCUUGAUGACUAGAGUUGCCAGUUUUGGUUGGAUGAAGGUUUCAUCACAUGACAUAAUCUUUAAUUAAAAAUUAAUCUUUAAUUCCUGGCUUGUCAACCCUCGACAGUCCCAAUUCUAAACCUAUCACUCCUCCCAUGUAUCCCCUUAGUAUCACCCCCUUUUUGUUUCGUGCCUUCUUCUCCCACUUCCUUUUGCAGCUCCACCCCCUCCUUCUUGUGGGCCACUCUCUCCUCAUUCCAACCACUGCUCAAACAUGCUGCUUUCAUAAAAGCAUCCAUCAAUUACCCACCCGAGAGUAUGCAUUAUACACACACACCCCAUGCUGAGAUUAAACCACCAGCUCAUACUUAGAAGCCCCUCCUGCUCACUGGAUUUCAUUUGGAGAAGGAUUAUUUAGGACCAAGUACUCCCCUCGGUUGAUUUUACCCACUUAGUGGAGCAGAAAUUAAGCAAACUCCAACUCAUGGAGUUUCCUUUUAAAUUCUGUCUUCAUGUUCCUGCUGCUUUAAGUAACAGCAUCUUGGUGGGAAUGCAUGUGGCUGACUCAUAUAUUUAUAUAGGGAAACAGGGGUAGAAGUAUAAUGGCUAAAACAUCUGUUUUCUCUUUUUAUUGGCUAACAAUGCAGCUUUAGAUUUGGAUGCCAAUAUAAAUACACUGCAUGGGAUUGCACUGUGAAUACACUCUACAUAGCAAAGUGUGUCCUACACUCAUCUCUCCAAGAUCUGCAAUUCAUUCUAAAGUUACUUUUAUGCUCCUAUUGUCACUGCCAAAAGAAAAUGUAGAAAGUCUUCUGCAAUUACAUAUAUGUGUGUGUAUAAAUGUAUUUUUUAAACAUCUAACUAGUGCUGGUGGCAGCGCAGUCUCCAGAACAAGCGAACAUCUGCCGCUGUUCCUAAAGGACUCCAAAUAAGUACAGUAAGAACAUCACUGUUUUAAAAAGAGAUUAAUACAUGGUCAGACACAGGAUCAGUUCUAAAUAAAUCAAUAAACAGCAAUGAGCAUCAGUAUUAAUUUAAAUUAAUUAAAAAACUAAUUGACACCAUCUUUCUAGCCACAGCAUAAUAGCUUCAGUAAUUAUUUUGCCUGAGUAUAGUCCAUUCAUCCAGAAGGGGCUUGUAUAAAAAUUGAUAGACACUAUGUAAAAACGUAGGGAUUGCCAGAGGGUGAAGGCAGGCAGGGGUUUAUCAGUGCACUGCCACUCUGUGCAGCCGCUCAAGAUAAACAUUCGCAAGCUGAUGAUGCUAAAGGAGAGGGGAAGAACAUGAGCUCUGGCCCCGGCUUUUAGUGUAAGAGCACAGAUUAGUUCUGGAUAGGACAGUAACGUGCAGCAAGGAAUGCUUUCAGACUCAGCCUAAGCAUAUGGUUGGCUGCAUCUCAAAUCGCAAAGUGAAGUUAGCCAAGCAGGCACUGCAGGUGUCAUUCCCCAGUGAUUAUGAGAAGAUGGUUUUGCUAUAGGGCAGGAGCAGAAAGGAUUUUUUAAAAUUGCGUAUUCCUUUAUGAAAAGCCCCCUCUCUCUGUCCCAGAGUUUGUUUUGGAGGUAAUUUUAGGUUAUGAGACUAAUGGAGGAGACCCCCCGCCCCCCAUUCCAUCUGGAAUCCCCAUAUAAAGCAAAUGUUGGAUCGAGUAGGAAAUUUUCCCGAACAGUUUUGUGGGUAGGGAUCAUCCCUCAUCACUUCCAUUUACCCUGAGUCAAUCUGCUAAAUGCAAUUUACGUUGCCUGAAAGGCAGCUGGGCCAAGGGGUUUAGACCCAGGUUACAGGUCUGGCUGCAGGAAAGAGCUCUUUGUGUCUCGCUAGGUGCUGGUGUGAAAUUUUAAUGCAACCCAUGUUUGUUGCCUUUUAGACAGGGAAUGUACAACUACAACCUGUCUAUACAGCAUCUAUAACUGAAGGGGCCUGGUUACAGCUCAGUUAAUAGCUGUGGCAUAGACAGGAGCUAAUCAUCUUCCUUAGCCAAGCUAAACCUCUGGAGAACUAUAUUUGUGGUCCAGUCAUGUUAUAACAGUUUUUCUUUGCCUAUGUGGACAGGAAAAAAAAAACCCUGUUAGUGACCCAUAUUUUAACCUCGAUGUGUGCCAGGGUUUGAACUCGAUUUGUGUGUGUGCUUCCCUCUGCCCAGAAACCGGGGCUGAUCUGACCCACACCCAGCUGUGAAGGCCCAAAGGGGCUGUUCCAGCAACCAAGAACAGCUGGACAGAGGGAUACCCUCAGUCUCUUGCAAGAAUAUGGUGAGGAGCUGCUACAAUGGCUGCAUGCCACUCAGCGAUUCCUCCUGAACUGGAGGAUUUCCCAGUGACCGUAUUAGUCAUCACCCUCUGCUUGGGUGAUGUGGCAUAAAAGGAGCCUUAUUAGAAUUGGGAAUUGGAUUCAGAUCCUGCUGUUCUGCCAGAUUAUAAACCGUGUAACCCUGGACUCUGGGGGGAAGCCUUGCAUUAAAGGACAGGGGUUUCUCUAACAAUAGUGUAAAAUGUACCUUUCCCCCAAGCUAGAGGAGCAGGGCCAUACGUGGGGUUGCAUGAAGAAAACAAAAAAGCAAAUGGCAGUAAGAAGGGAGGGGAAAAUUGCAAAGGGGACUUCUCCCUGUGACAUGCUUGUCUUUGAAGCCUUGCUGGCAAGGCCCAAAGUGUGAGUCAAGGAGUUUUUUAUUAUUAUUAAUUACUUCUAUUAUGGUAGCACCUAGAGGCCUCAGCUGAGACCAGAGCUUUAUUUGUGGUAGGGUCUACACAGACACAGAGUGAUACAGUCCCUGUCCCUGAGAGCUUACAGUCUAACUAGACAAGACCCACCAAAGGUUGGAGGGAAAAUGGAUGCACGGAGAAUGACUUGCCCAAUGUCACCCAACAGGUCAGUGGCAAAGAUCCAAAGGAAGCAUGGGAAACAAAGCCUUGUCCCACGACAGUGUCUUUAUUUUUGAAUCUGCGCCAGAAAACACAGCUGGUGACAUGUCCUCUCAGGAAAACAUACCUGGGAAAGUGAAAACGUUGCAGCUUCAGUUACAACAGAACAUCAGACUUGGGUCUUCUCCUCUUGUUAUAACUGGCAGGAAAUUGGAAGAUACAGGUGCUGUUUCAGAAGAUGAUGGAUUACCUAAAAGCCCUCCAGAAAUCUCCACUCUUCAUGAAGUUCUAACAUGUUCACCAAGCAAGUCCUCCAACCCUGUUCAGCGCCAUAGCUCUUUGAGUUUAGGUGGGACAGACAGUGAAGAUGAACAGGUACCCUCUGAUGCUUCCUCUAGACCUGUCAGCCCUUUGUCGUCUAUGGUACUUGUGAUUGCAGCCACACAAGCCAGCAGCUUGCUUCCCGUUGAUUUCAACACCCCUGCCAGUCCUGUGGGCUGCCUGGAUACCUCCGCAGCUAAGCACAGGAUAGCAAUAAACCCGCGGAAACAGAGAGUUUUUACCAGUAAGAACCAGCAAACCCCUCUGGAACAACUGGAAAAGGAGCAGAGUCUUCCUGUAACUUCAGAAAAGAAAAGUACAACAAAAUUCCUUGAUGCUGACCAGUAUGAAAAUUGGGCAGGUUCAUUGGUCUUGGAGGAGAAUAAUGGAAAAGGAGGUGGUGCUAAGGAGACACAGGCCAUAACAAAGACUGACAAUUCCACAAGUAGCCCUCGGAAUUCUGUAUCCCCUGUGGAUGUAGUUUGUACUUUGAUAGAAGUUGAUGCAUGCUCUACAGAAACAGAUCAUCAAUCUAAAGUAACAGAUGUGCAGUCUGCUCUAGCAAAGUCUGAGGAGGAGAACAAGGCAGAGGAAGUACUGGUACCUUACUGCUCUGAUGACUCUAUUGGUGAAUUCAAACUACUUGUGCAAAAUACUGGUGAAGUAAUUGAACUUUCUGACUCUCUACAGACUGAACCAGACGCAAUUGUAUUUCAGGACACGUUAGCAUCUGACUUGUAUGGCAUUUCCUUGGAAAAGGAGGACAUAAAUAGUUUGGCAGGUGCCACAAAGGUAUCCUUAAAACAACCAGUAGACCAAAGUGACAAAGAGCCUGGAGACGGGGGUGUGGCACUUGUAGGAAAAGUGGAAGAACAGCCUUGUACCAAUGAGAACAACUUCAUCUGGCCUGAUUCAGAUCCUGCAGUGUGUGUUUCACAGGUUCUUUUAGCCGCUUUGGAGACAUCCCCUGAAGCAGAUUGGAUGGCUGUUUCAGUGCCUGAAAAUAUCCCAGCAGCAAAAGAUGAUCAAGAAAUUUGCAAAGUUACAGAACUUCAGCCAUCCAAAGACCAUGUAGAUUCAAAAACAUCCCUACAAAAAGACUCAGUUUUGUCUGUGUCAGAUAUAGAUUGCAUGCUGCCUCAGAGCAAAGUGAACAAGGAGCUACAUUUUAAACCAGAAAUGCAUUGUCCUGUUUCAAAGGCUAGCCAAAGCAAUCAGGAGACAGAUGCAUCCAACAACUUGGAAAAACAUUCCAUUGGAUGCCUUGCCUCCUCCAGUUUGGCUGGCUUCAAGAGUUGUAUCCCUCUUAGUGGUGAUAGUCAGCAGAACCUGUUAGGUGGUGUAACUUCUCAAGAGAAAACAAAGAAAGAAAGCAAAUCUCCAGAGGAAAAUGUAAAGACUCCAUUGAAAUCUGCUGCUACAAAACCAGUUCGAUUUACUAUUGCUCCUGCCUGGCAAAGAUCUCUUUCGGGAGGUUCAAAUUCCAAGGAAGAUUCCUGUGCUAGAAGCUCCCCAUCCUCUCCCAUAAGACCAGAGUUGUUUGAAGGAACAGCUCACUUAGAUACCACCAGGCAAGAGUCUACAAAAAACAACCCUGAAGGGUUUGAGGGGGAUAAUGAGAGCAACAAGGCCAGUUUGAAUUCUUCCUUGGAGGGGGCUGAGCAUGAAACACAGAAUGCUGAAAACCCAUUUGGGAUCAGACUGAGAAGAACAUCCUCUUUGCUAAAGUACCACAGUGAAUCUCCAAAGCAGAUUCCAUUAGCUGUUCACACCACCUCUUCUGGUUCAGUCAAGGAGAAUCAAAAAUCAGUAGGCACUGGGAGGCCACCUCACGGCCUUCCAGGCAACCAGAAAGUGUUAGCUAAAAAAUCAGCUGUCGUGGAAGAGAAAAAUGCCCCCAAAACAAAACCUGAAGAAGUCUCAAAGAAGCAACACUCUAACAAACUUUCAGAAAAAGUCCCUAGUCCGCAUUUGGAAACUGUUACCUCUGAACCAGCUUGGGUCUCCAUGGCAAAACUAAAGCAGAAAGGUUUCCAAGGUCAUCCUCUUGCCAAAGGACAUAAAAGGGAGGACAAAUCGUUGACCAAAACGGAUCAAGAGGAGCGAGUGACUUGUGCUAGUGAGAAUUUAUUGGGGAAGAACGUAACUCCCAGCCUGUGCGCUCAGGAGAAGAAAUCACAAAUGAAGAUCACUAUGUCUGCUACAGCAGCAGUUACACUUGGACCUAUGGCUCAGGAAGCAUUUGUGGUUCCCACCACUGAAAAGGAAACGAGACAAUCCUGUAAUCUGCCAAUGACACCGUGCAGCUCUGCUGAACCACCCUGGCUGUCCCUGGCCAAGAAAAAAGCCAAAGCUUGGAGUGAAAUGCCUCAGAUUGUUCAAUAGCAAAUGAUAACAGUGUCCUCCUCUGUACUGCCAAUAACUGUAUUAACUCCAUAUAGUAACUUCUUCGCUGGGACCAUUUUUUGAGGGGAUAAGAUAAAAGCCUUAGAACUUUCAGCACAGACUGUAGCUGUGAAUAUGUGAAGAUGAAAUGCCACUGACGGGUUAACCUGCAGUAACCACCAGCAUUAGGAAACUGAGCAUUUUCCAUGACAAAAUACUAUGAAAUUCCAAUUGACCAAUUCAUACUGACUACAUGUUUGACUAAAAGACAGUGGUGCUCUAGGAGGAGGCACUUCAUGCCUUUGAAGCAUUUCCUUUCUAAAAGGGGAGGUUAAAGUACCCUGCACACAAUACAGUAUUCUGCAUGAUUUCACUUUGAGCAUUGAAUUUGUUUGGUGUCACAGAAUGGUUUUAGAGCUCUGCACUGGAGCAUCCAGACUGGCUGUCACUGACGUAGUAGCAUUUAUGUCUCUAAAGCUUGGCCUAGGGCAGGUCUGACUGUGGGCCUGAUUUUUAACAUAUCUGUUUCUUAAAUGAAACAAGACACAAGCAGCAAUGCAGAUUCAGGGGGAUUCUCAUUUCUUAGGUAGUUGAGUCACUCUGCCUUGGGCCUCAUGCCUUAUAUUAUACCAUCUACUGGAAAGGCCCAGUACUGCAACUGCCUUUGUGUUCUACUGCUAAUGUAUUUUUUAAAAAAAAUCAGUACCUUCUAAGGACUAAAUUCUGGUCAGUUAUGUCUAUAAAUCUGGAAUAACUCCACUGACCUUAACAUAGUUUGGAGAUGCUGAAUUUGGUCCUUAUACCUAAGCUAAAGUAUUUUACAUUUAAUUUCUAGCAUAAAGCAAUUUCUCUUCAUAAGCCUCUUUAGUGAAAUAUUCCUGCUAACAGCAGAGGUGGGGAAGGUUUGACCCACUCUUGUUUUCUGUGUAGAAGGAUACCUGUUUGCCAUGAACAGCAUCCCACUGUCCAUAUUCAUCACACUAUGAUUUUUAGACUAUUUCCUUUACAGUUUGGGGGGGGGAAGAUGCACUCAACAUCCACCCUUAGCCAUCAAUACAUAACUGAAAGCUGAAGCUGAGUAUCUAUCUAAAGACACAUAGCUGGCAAACAGCUGCUCUUUUAGGGUCAAUUCUGCUGUCACUGAAGUCGUAGGAGUCUUGCCACUAACUUUUUUAUGGGAGCAGAAUCAGAUCCUUUAAAAAUAAACUUUGUAAAAUGACUUAGUGACAUCAGUGUCAUGACAACCAAACUGCACUUGCCUGUAUAUUGCACAUUUGCAAAACAUUUUCUCUAUACAGCCAAUGAAAACAUUGAAGUCUGAUGUGUCUAACAGAUUGUCUUUCGCAAACAAGUUGGGUAGCAUCUUUAAGAAAAAUGGUGCGUGGCAAGAGGUCUAAAUAUGAAACAACACAUUUGACCUUGGAGUAACUCAUUAUCUGGACUCCCACCUGUUGGUUCUGGCCUGAAUUUAAGUAUGUUACUACUUCUGAAAUCUGUAUCCAUUGCUAAUGAAGAUUGUGCAACUCUUAUUCAUGUGGCUGAACAACUUACUUGCGCAAAUAGUCCCACCUAAGUUAAUGGGUUUGCUCUUAUGAGUCAAUUCUAAUCAGAAAGAGUAAAGGUUACAGGCCUGUUUUACUUCUUGUUAGUAUCUUCUCCUGCAAUGUGCUAAAGCGCUUAUAUUUCUCUAAAGUUUGAGAGUAUUAUGUAAAAGAACAAAUUAAACAUUGUUUGCUAUGGUUUUCUGCAGCUGAUAUCACAUACAUGGGUUUACUGACCCUCUGCUUAAAAUAUGCACUUUCCUAUAUAUUGCUAUGUCUCUCCUGUUCUUUGCCAGUCUGGAUUGCAACCCCACACCUAAACUACUGCAAAUGAUAACAGCAUUUAUCUAUUCCCUUGUUGCUUUUGUUCUUGAUAUUGUGUCUCAUUGUAUGGUAUGUAUAUACGUUUUUGUAAUCCUCACCUUGGAGGACCCCCUUUUGUAUUCUAUUCCCAUAUUUGGUUUACUAUUAAACGCUAUUGUCAUGAUG